UUGCACUUUUAUUACUCUUCCUCUUGUGGAGCGGGUUGAAAUGACUGUUCUGGAUUUACUUUGCUUUAUUAUUAUUCCUCUCUUAAGUUUUCUUCAUCAUAAAGUUCCAUCUGAAAAGUGAAUCAUUGAUCGUGUAAUAUAAUAUGGAGGGUGGGAUUCCAGUCAUAUUAGAGCAGUUCAUGAGCAGCCCUCUUGUCAUUUGGGUUAAGACUUUUGGUCGACUAGGUGACAAAGAAGGGAAUGUGGUCUCUGAAUACACUGAAUUAGUGGAUGGCAUAUACUUAAACAAGGUCAUGAACCAAAUAAAUACCAAAGCCACUGUUCAGGGUUUAAACAAAGUGAACAAUGAUGCCGGUCAAAGAGCGCAAAACCUGUCUGUUCUCAUUUACAAUAUCAAAUCAUACUACCAGGAGACCCUGCAUCAGCUGAUCAUGAUGCCUCCUGCUAAUGUGCUGCUGCUGGGCAGGAAUCCAGUCUGUGAGGAAGGUCUAGAAGAAAUUAGGAAGUUGCUGUUACUGUUGCUUGGAUGUGCUGUGCAGUGUGAAAGAAAAGAGGAAUACAUCGAGAAGAUACAAAGCCUUGACUUUGACACACAAGCAGCAAUCGCAGCUCAUAUUCAAGAGGUGACUCACUGUCAGGAUAGUGUGAUUGAUCUGCGCUGGUUCGAGACAGAGGGUCUGUGUCCAGAUGAAUGGGGAAAUAUCUGCAGAAGUAUGAUAAUCAACCUCAAAAUUCUAGUUAACCAGAGAGACCAGCAAUUUGAGACCAUCGUGGAACUGAUUCAUGGGAAAGAGACAGUGCAUUCUGCAGUGUUCAUUGAUGACCCCUCCCUCACAGAGUCCUCCAGCAAUCAGCUCCCUUUUUCCCAGCAGCACCUGGCACUAGAGCUGAGCGAUGCUAAAGCCAAGAUGAAACGCCUCAGACAGGAGCUAGAAGAGAAGAGUGAACAACUAUUGGACUGUAGACAGGACCUGGACAAUAUGGAGGUGGAGCUUAAAAGGCACCAGCAAGAGAACAUUCAGCUGCUAACAGAUGCGCGAGCUGCAAGAAUGUACCGUGAUGAGAUGGAUGCCAUGAGAGAACGUGCCAUCAGAGCAGACAAACUGGAGAGUGAAGUCACUCGCUACCGAGAUAAAAUUCACAACAUGAACUUUUACAAGGUCAAACUGGAGGAGCUAAAAGAGGAUAAUCAGGUGUUAAUGGAAAGUAAAGCCAUGCUGGAGGAACAGCUACAGGAUGUCAAAGCACAAUGUGACAAACUGCACCAGCUCGAGAAACACAGCCUACUUCUAGAAGCAAAACUCCAUGGCAUGGAAGAGGAGAGAGCUGUGGACAGGACACGCAUAGAGGAUCUACUUGAAAGAAACAUUUCACUGGAGCUUUCACAGAAAAGAAGUAUGGAGGAGUCACAACAUCUGGGCUGGGAGCUGGAACAACUCACCAAGAACCCACAUCAUACUUCAGGAACAGAGCUGAAGUCUUUGGGCCAGGAGGUAACAGAGAGGACAUGUAGCAGGUUGCUGAAACUAGAGAAAGAGAACCAUAGGCUGCUGAAAGCCCUGAAAGAACUGGGAAGAACCAGAAGCCCAUCAGAUGGCUUUUAUUUUUAUAACAGUGAACAUUGCCCUGCACAGGGAACACUGGGAAAUGACAUCAACAGGCAGGAGCCGAACAAUGGAAGUGUUCAAGUGACCGAAUGCUUUUCUGGAAAGGAGAAAGUAGCAAUGGAUGCCAAAUCUGAAUAUUUAGUGGAAAAUGGGGGAAUAGAGCUAGAGGGUUGUACAACUCCCAUAUUCUUUUCAGCAUUUUCUGGGAACAACAGUACAAUGACAACACAGACCCAAAAAAAUCAACAGCUGCAUGCAAACUUCCUUUGCAUGCAGCUCUAUGAACUGGAGAUGGAGAACCAGAGUCUUCAACAUAGUUUCAAUUCAAUCUCCAACCCACACCAAGAACAACAUGAGAUAGAAAACCAAGGUCUAGUGGAGAACGGACAUGUGGGAGCACGAUUGGGAGUCCAGGACACAAUAGACCAGAGCCCAUGUAAGCAGCUGGAGUCUUCUCUCAUGAAAUCUCUGAAGAUUAAAAAAGAGAGAAUGGCAGCCCUGGAGGCCUGUCUGCAGGAGUCGUCCAAUAUAAACCACCAACUACGACAGGAUCUCAAGACUGUCAAACAGAGCUAUAAGGCUUUGCUCCAGAGUGUGGAGGAGGAAAAUGAGGGGCAGAGAUGUCCGCCACAGGCUCCAAGCACAUGGCAGAGAGAGAGCCAGGAGGCAACGUGGGCAUUGCUCAAGGUCAAAGAUCGAUUCAUUGAGGUGGAGAGAAAUAAUGCAACAUUACAAGCAGAGAAGCAGGCAUUGCACACACAGCUGCAGAGCUUGCAGACGCAGUCAGAUGGUUUGCAGACACAAAUUGUUGCAUUACAACAGCAGACGGCAUCCUUGCAGGAGAACAACUCAACACUGCAGACACACAAUGCACAACUGCAGGUAGAGAAGUCCACUGUAACUUCUCAGAAUGCCUCUCUGAUGGCCCAUAAUUCCCAGCUGCAGCGAGAGCGUCAAAGUUCAGAGGUUGAAAGGGAGGGUGUGCAACGAGAGAGAGAAGAUAUGCGCACUGUUAAUGAACUUCUCCUACGGGAUCAUGAGAGGCUGAGCGUCCUGCAUGAGAGACAGGCAGCAGAGCUGGUGGUGAUGUCCCACAGAUACUCCACACUGGAGAACAGCCAUAGAACCCUGGAGCUAGAGCACCGAACACUCGAGGACAGGUAUAACACACUACUUCAACAGAGGGCUCAGCUGGAGGGGUUAGAGAGAGCUCUGAGAGAGCAACAGCAGAAGAUGCUAAAUGAGAUCUGUAUGCACAGGAACACAACAGCAGAGUGCCAAAGACUCAGAGACGAGAAAGACUGUUUGAAUCAGACCUACCAGAAGCUGUUGGCAGAAAACAAGGGACUUCAGACAGAGCACAACAGCAUGAAGAGUCAGCUGAACUCCAGCAAACUGGAACGGAAACAUCUGGAGUCAGAACUGUCCAAACUCAAAGAGCACAACCAGCAGCUGGACAUCAGCACCAUCAAACUGACCAACCAGUGUGAGUUGCUGACUCAGCUGAAGGGGAACUUGGAGGAAGAGAACCGCCACUUGCUGGACCAGAUCCAGAGCCUGAUGCUGCAGAACCGAACCCUUCUAGACCAGACUAUGGAGAGCAAGGACCUGUUCCAUGUAGAGCAGAGACAAUAUAUAGACAAAUUGAAUGAAUUUAGGAGGCAGAAGGAAAAACUGGAAGAGAAAAUCAUGGAUCAGUACAAGUUCUAUGACCCAUCACCACGCAGACGUGGGAACUGGAUAACACUGAAGAUGAGGAAGAUAAUGAAGACUAGGAAUCGUGAUCUGGUUCACUUUUCAACUCCUGAGUCCAGUGAUGGUCUGGAUGACCUGCGUUGCCAUGACAAUGAUUCCUUCGUUGGCUCCCAGGGCUUGGAGGAAUCCGCCUCCAACUCUCUCAGUGGUGACACUCCAUCUCCCAAGAUGAGUAGCAGUAAGGAUUUACAAGGAGAUACAAUUUCACCAAGUCUUCCAAAUGGCACUGAAGACCAAAAUCAUGGCUUAAAUGUCAAGUCAAGUCGUGCCCCUAGUGCAAGCAGUGGUGAGAUCAGCGUGAGCUUUGAGAAUGAAGCCUGGUCCAGUGAUAGCAGCCCUCGUGCAGAUCCACUCUCAUCCAGACACCACAGAUACAGUGACUCCUCUUCGCCAGCCCAACCCAACCACGAGGAACAUAAACUGGGCUUCUGCUUCUCAGGAAUAGGGGUACGGCGAUCCAGCAGUGCAAGAUCCACUAGGGAACAUUCAAUCCAAAGACUGGACAAAGCGAACGUUGGACUGUAUAAAACUCAGAGUGUGCAAAGCACAGAGGCUGAUCCUAAACUUGCUCUUGAGACACAAGGAAAGUCUUCCUCUGUUUCAGGUUGUCUGAACUGCUUUGUCACUCCAAUGCAAAGCCCCAAACCAGGCCAGGCUCUGUCUAGUUUACCCCGUGCCAGCUGCGUUAUCUCCACAUCAGAGGGAAGCACCCGGCGCGCUAGUGUCCACAGCACUAUGUCAGGGAAGUUUGUCGUAUCUCAGUCCAGUAAAAAUGGAGCUGAACCUCAAAUGACUCCACCUGAUCCCAAUGAAGAGAGUUUAAAAGGAAGCCCAGUCUUGGAAGAGGAGGUCCACAAAUCGGAAGACAUUUUUGAUUCGGCAUUCACCUUAGAUUCAGUCUUUACUAACACUAUUUUCAGUGAGUCAAGUUAGAGGAAUACCAAUCAGACCAGGUUCAAUGUAGACAACUAUGUAGUCCUGAAUUGCCAUGCUGGUCCAGACUGGUUUAUGCUGAUAUUAGAUGGUUAAAGCUGGUCUAGCUGAUUCAGGCUGGACUUGGCAAUACUGGUAGACAUAGCAGUGCUGUUCACAAGCAAAGUGUAGCUGGUAAUGCUUUGGUAUUGGUCUUUUGGGUGAUGCUAGUUGGCCAAGUAAGCCUAUCUGGUCAUGGUAGUUAGAGGUUUGCUAGGUCCUACUAAAAUUAAGGGAAAAAAAACAACCCAGUCUCACAAGAAUUUGUCACAAUUUUACAAUGUGAUGAAUUUGAAGAGACAAUGACAAUUCUGUCUUUCAAACGCUUGUUUGUGAAGUGUAUGUGAUUGGUCUUGCGAAUACGAACGAAUUUGACACCUUGUAGUAUUGUGAUGAAUUCUAAUAAUUCUUAAAAAAAAACAGCUUUAACCUGCCUAAGAUGGUUUAGUUGGUUGGCCAGUUGAGCACCAGUUGGCCAGGCUGGGAGACCAGCUUAAACCAGCUAAGACCUGCAAAUAUAACCUUAGACCGUUUAUGAUGUUUUUUAGUAGGGGGAAUGCUGAUAUCCCAUUUUGGAGACCAGCAUCCAAAAUACAGAUAAAUGAAUAAGAUCAGAUAAAUGAAAGGUAAUUAUAUGCAGAAAUAUAGAAGUGGACUGAGAGAUAGUCAAUCAGGAAGCCAAGAAACACUUUAUUGUUGUUUAAUAAUUGAAAUUUAUUAAUGAAAAUGAAAAUGUCUUGAAUAUGUUUUGGUUUUGCUGUCAUACAGAACCAUUGCGAUUCUUUACUAAAGACAUUUGUAAUGAUAGCAUCAACCUUCAUACCUUUCAUUUCUCUCUUCUCUCCCUUUAUUUUCGUAAUUUUUUCUCUUUUCAUGUGUCAAAAUAUCUAUGUUAUUUUGUUUGUGUUUUACGUUUGUGUUAAAUUAUCCUUGCUGCAUUAUAUGAAUUUGUUUGGAAGGUCCAAUGCUGUUUCAUCUUUAGCAUAUUUCCCUUUGCAGAAAGCAGAAUGUGAUGGGUUUGUUCUGUUAUUGUUUUAUUGAAAUGUAUUUUCACAUUAUAUUUGUUAAACCCAGCAAUAAUCUGAGACUACCCGUGUAUCUUUUGCUGUUAUUUUUAUUUAUUUAUUUUGAUUAGCAUUUUCACCAUUCCCCAUUGUAACUUAAGAAUAAGUGCUUGUUUGUUUGCUUAUGUUGUGGUGUUUGUGUUCAUGUUUCCUACAUUUCUAGAUAAUGUGUCUCAAAAUAUAC